AUGGAGUGGCGGCAGUCGUGGAGGCCGUGGCUACGUUUAUUUGUUAUGGCGGCGGCGGUGGCAGUUAUAACACAAGGAGGUUGUGUUUGUGGAGGAGAUGUCACGUACGAUGGAAGAUCUCUCAUCAUUAAGGGGGAAAGAAGAAUUCUUUUUUCAGGUUCUAUUCACUAUCCUCGGAGUACAACUGAGAUGUGGGGAUCUUUGAUUGGGAAAGCCAAGGAAGGAGGACUUGAUGUGAUUCAAACCUAUGUGUUUUGGAAUCUUCAUGAGCCCCAACCGGGUCAGUACAAUUUCAGUGGAAGAUAUGAUUUAGUAAAAUUCAUAAAGGAAAUCCAGGCACAAGGACUUUAUGCUUGCCUUAGGAUCGGACCAUUCAUUGAGAGUGAAUGGACAUAUGGGGGAUUUCCGUUUUGGCUGCAUGAUGUCCCUGACAUAGUUUAUCGCUCAGAUAAUGAACCAUUCAAGUAUUAUAUGCAAAAUUUUACUACAAAAAUAGUGAACAUGAUGAAGUCAGAGGGUUUAUAUGCAUCACAAGGAGGCCCAAUCAUAUUAUCGCAGAUUGAGAACGAAUAUCAAAACAUAGAAGCAGCAUUCCAUGAGAAAGGACCGGCAUACGUUCGUUGGGCAGCAAAAAUGGCCGUUGAGCUCCAAACUGGUGUACCAUGGGUCAUGUGCAAGCAAACCGACGCUGAUCCAAUCAAUACAUGCAACGGUAUGCGGUGUGGGCAAACUUUUGGAGGACCAAACUCACCCAAUAAGCCCUCUCUUUGGACAGAGAAUUGGACCUCAUUCUAUCAAGUGUACGGUGGAGAACCAUAUAUAAGAUCUGCCGAAGACAUUGCAUUUCAUGUUGCACUUUUUAUAGCUAGAAAUGGAAGCUACGUAAACUAUUACAUGUACCACGGUGGAACUAAUUUUGGAAGAACAAGCUCUGCAUAUGUCAUAACAAGUUAUUAUGAUCAAGCUCCUCUCGACGAAUACGGUUUGCUACGGCAACCCAAGUGGGGUCAUCUUAAGGCAUUGCAUGCUGCAAUCAAAAGUUGCUCUACAACUUUACUACAGGGAAUGCCAACAAAUUUUUCACUAGGUCAACUUCAAGAGGCCUAUGUCUUUCGCGAAGAAACUGAAGGAAGAUGUGUUGCAUUUCUUAUAAAUAAUGAUGAAAGAAAUAAUGCUACUGUUCAGUUCCAAAAUGCAUCACAUGAGCUGAUGCCAAAGUCAAUUAGCAUUCUACCAGACUGUGAAAAAGUAAUUUUCAACACGGCAACGGUAAAUACAAAUUACACGAAAAGAAUCGUACGAACAACCGAAAUCUUUGAUUCAAUGGAAAGAUGGCAAGGGUACACAGAUUUGAUUCCAAACUACGAAAAUACUUCACUACAUUCAGAUACAUUACUUGAGCACAUGAAUGUGACCAAAGAUGUAUCUGAUUACCUGUGGUAUACUCUCAGGUUUCAACACAACAUUUCUUGCGCUGAACCAAUACUUGUUGCUGAGUCUAAAGGACAUGCAACACAUGCUUUUGUGAACAACAUCUAUAUAGGAAAUGCCCAUGGUAGUCACGAUACCAAGCAGUUCAUCAUGCAGAGUCCAGUUGUGUUGAGCAAUGAAAUUAACAAUAUUUCUCUGCUAGGCGUUAUGGUUGGACUACCGGAUUCAGGAGCUUUUCUUGAAAGAAGAUUUAGUGGCUUAACCAGAGUUGAAAUUCAAUGUAGCAAGAAUGAGUUUUACAACUUUACUAAUUAUGCUUGGGGAUAUCAGGUUGGACUAUUUGGAGAAAAAUUGCAGAUAUAUAGAGAAGAAAAUAUACACAUGGUUGAAUGGAGUAAAGCUAACACCUCUCUUAAUCAACCACUUACUUGGUACAAGAACAUCUUCAACGUCACGGAAAUCAUUCUAGUAAUUUCCAAGAGCUCCACCAUGGCAAGAAACCUCUUGCCUCAACACACCUUAGGUGAGAAGGUGCUCCAACCAAUGCUAAACUUGGGCCAUCCGGACCUCUUGCGUAGAAAAGAGAUCCCUCAUGUUGAAUUCCUUGCUCCUCACCUUCUUGGGACCUUGAAUUCUUGA